AUGGAGGAUUCUAACACAGUGGUAGAAAGUUCUCCAUUCAUUGAGAAUGUGGAAGUGGGAAAUGCUCCUAUUUCAGUUGACAUUGAAAAAGACAAUGAUGAUUUAAAAGGUGCAGGUGUGACAGCCUCGCCAAGAGACGUUUCACAUGAGAAGAAAAUUCAGGGAAAAUGUUACAAGGAUAAGUGCUACGAGCAAAUAAGAAAAACUGUUGAAGAAAGGUUUAACAAAUUGCUGACACAGCUUGUGUUUGAGGAUCUAAAAGCUUCUUUGGAGGAAGCUCGAGAGAUUGGUAAUGAGCUUGGAGACAUUUAUGACUAUGUGGCUCCUUGUUUUCCCCCAAGAUAUGAAAUUUUCCAGCUCAUGGUUAAUCAAUAUACAGAAAGGUUUAUUCAAAUGCUUAGGCUUUUCAGUGAUAGGGCAGAUAAUUUAACAAAUAUAGAAAUAUUAAAGGUGACUGGAUGGGUCGUUGAAUAUCAAGAAAAUUUGAUUGGCCUUGGAGUUGACGAGUCCUUAGCUCAAGUAUGUUCUGAAAGUGGCGCCAUGGAUCCACUUAUGAAUGCAUACAUGGAACGGAUGCAAGCUACAAUGAAGAAAUGGUAUACAAACAUCUUGGACGCUGACAAGGUACAACCACCUAAGAAAACAGAAGAUGGUAAGCUGUAUACGCCAGCAGCUGUGGAUCUAUUUCGCAUUUUAACAGAACAAGUACAGAUUGUUAGAGAGAACAGCACAGAAGUCAUGCUCUACCGUACAGCACUAGCAAUUAUUCAGGUUAUGAUUGAUUUUCAAGCUGCUGAGAAACACAGGUUAGAAGAACCGGCUUCUGAAGUUGGCCUGGAGCCUCUUUGUGCCAUGAUCAAUAACAACUUGCGUUGCUAUGAGCUUUCAACAGAGCUUAGUAACAGCACGCUUGAGGCUCUUCCACAAAACUAUGCAGAGCAAGUGUUGGUCGUCCCUUUUGACUGAUCUCGUCCGAUUCAA